CCCCGGGCCGGAGGUGGGCGAGCUUGCGGGCCCGGCCGCCCCCACGCCGCCCGCCGGCCCCGCCCCCCGCCGAGUGCAUGAGGUUGACGCUACUUUGUUGCACCUGGAGGGAAGAACGCAUGGGAGAGGAAGGAAGUGAGUUGCCCAUAUGUGCGCGAUGCGGCCAGAGGAUCUAUGACGGCCAGUACCUCCAGGCCCAGAACGCUGAUUGGCACGCAGACUGCUUCAGGUGCUGUGAGUGUGGUGCUUCCCUGUCACAUCAGUACUACGAGAAAGAUGGGCAGCUCUUCUGCAAGAAGGACUACUGGGCCCACUGCGGCGAGUCCUGCCACGGCUGCAUGGAGCACAUCACCAAGGGCCUGGUCAUGGUGGCCGGGGAGCUGAAGUACCACCCCGAGUGCUUCAUCUGCCUCAUGUGUGGGACCUUCAUUGGGGACGGGGACACCUAUACCCUGGUGGAGCACUCCAAGCUGUACUGCGGCCAUUGCUACUACCAGACCGUGGUGACCCCCGUCAUCGAGCAGAUCCUGCCCGACUCUCCUGGCUCCCACCUGCCCCACACGGUCACCCUAGUGUCCAUCCCGGCCUCUGCUCAUGGCAAACGCGGCCUCUCAGUCUCCAUCGACCCCCCGCACGGCCCACCGGGCUGCGGCACGGAGCACUCGCACACUGUCCGUGUCCAGGGAGUGGACCCGGGCUGCAUGAGCCCCGAUGUGAAGAAUUCCAUCCAUGUGGGAGACCGGAUCCUGGAAAUCAAUGGCACCCCUAUCCGGAAUGUGCCGCUGGAUGAGAUCGACCUGCUGAUCCAGGAAACCAGCCGCCUGCUGCAGCUGACAAUCGAGCACAACCCCCACGACUCGCUGGGCCAGGGGCCUCUACCUACACACAGUCCCCUGGGCUCUCCAGCCUGCACGCCCACCGGAGAGGCCAGCAGCUCGCGGCAGAGGCCUGUCUUGAGGAGCUGCAGCAUCGACACGUCCCCAGGGGCCAGUUCACUGGCUUCACCGGCCUCCCAGCACAAGGACCUGGGCCGCUCUGAGUCCCUACGUGUGGUCUGCCGGCCGCACCGCAUCUUCAGACCCUCAGACCUCAUCCAUGGCGAGGUGCUGGGCAAGGGCUGCUUUGGCCAGGCCAUCAAGGUGACACACCGGGAGACAGGUGAGGUGAUGGUGAUGAAGGAGCUGAUCCGGUUCGACGAGGAGACACAGAGGACAUUCCUCAAGGAGGUAAAGGUCAUGCGGUGCCUGGAGCACCCCAACGUGCUCAAGUUCAUCGGCGUGCUCUACAAGGACAAGCGGCUCAACUUCAUCACGGAGUACAUCAAGGGCGGCACACUGCGUAGCAUCAUCAAGGCCAUGGACAGCCAGUACCCGUGGAGCCAGAGGGUGAGCUUUGCCAAGGACAUCGCAUCGGGGAUGGCCUACCUCCACUCCAUGAACAUCAUCCACCGAGACCUCAACUCCCACAACUGCCUGGUCCGCGAGAACAAGAACGUGGUGGUGGCCGACUUCGGGCUGGCCCGACUCAUGGUGGAUGAAAAGACGAAGCCCGAGGACCUGCGGAGCCGCAAGAAGCGGUACACAGUGGUGGGGAAUCCCUACUGGAUGGCACCUGAGAUGAUCAACGGCCACAGCUAUGACGAGAAGGUGGAUGUGUUUUCCUUUGGCAUCGUCCUGUGCGAGAUCAUUGGGCGGGUGAAUGCGGACCCUGACUACCUGCCCCGCACCAUGGACUUUGGCCUUAACGUGCGUGGCUUCCUGGACCGCUACUGUCCCCCCAACUGCCCCCCGAGCUUCUUUCCCAUCACUGUGGACUGCUGUGACCUGGACCCCGAGAAGAGGCCGUCCUUCGUGAAGCUGGAGCAGUGGCUGGAGACCCUGCGCAUGCACCUGGCCGGCCACAUGCCUCUAGGCCCACAGCUGGAACAGCUGGACAGGGUCUUCUGGGAGACCUACCGGCGGGGUGAGAGUGGACUCCCGGCCCACCCCGAGGUCCCUGACUGAGCCGGGUCCAGCGCUGCUGGGCCCCAGCCCAAGGGUGCGCCCUUGGCAGCCUCCCCUGCAGGCUGUGGCCAGGCCCUGACUCGCCUUCUCCCCAACCACGCCCUCACCCUCUGCCUGGGCCCAGAGCUGCACUCGUUCUGUCCCAUCGCCCUGCCCUACCUCUGUCUCCUGCAUGAGCUGCAGGGCCCGGUGAGCUGUGCCCGUCCCACAGACUGCCCUACCACCCUUUGCCCUGCACCUAUCUACACCUGCUCCAUGUGCGGGCUGGAAGCCACCUCUGGAAAGGCCCUGAGGGUGCUGGGUGGGCAUGCGCACGUGCAGAAGGGGCAGCCUUCCCCAGAGUCCCAGCCUGCCAGGGUGUCCAGGUAGCGGCAGGGCAGGAUUGAUGCAACCCAACCUCAAAGCAGAUUGAGGCCUGGCCCUGCAUGCCAGCUGGCAGUGCAGCAGGCUUGUGUCUUGCUCUGGGUCUCUCUUGUUUCUUUAUCAAAGCCACUUUAGUGAGAAGCAGGUACCAGGCCUCAGGUGAAGAGGGUCCCUUCAGGCACAGGGGAGCCUGGCUGAUGGAGGAGCUGGCCCAGGCAGGGCAGACGAGGCUGGUGUCCACCAGCAGCCUGGCUCUGCAUUCAUCUCAGUGCCCCAGGCCCUCCCGUCCUCGCAACCCUCUGUCCUCUGGGUUCUUUCUGUGUAAUCUAUUUUUUAAGAAGAGUUUGUAUUAUUUUUUCAUACGGCCGCAGCAGCUGCUGCUGGGGGCUUGGGGUUUUAUUUUUGUGGCAGGAGGGGGUGGGAGGGCCAUCUUAUCACUUUGCCUCAGUUGAGCAUCUAGGAAGUAUUAAAACUGUGAAGCUUUCUCAGUGCACUUUGAACCUGGAAAACAAGCCGAAUGGGCCCAGGGGACCACACUGGAGGGAGGCAAUUAGUGGUCACCUCCACCGGAACCUGGGUGGCUAUAGAACAGAUCAAGACUGAACAAUAAAAUUCUGUGCUCCCCA